UAUAAACAAACAAACAAACCUCUCCUGUUAUCGUCCCAGAUAUCGAAUUGUAUUCCGAGCUUGCUGGAGGAAGAAAGAGCAGCGAUUUCCGUUCAUUAGUUAUCGUAGUUAACUCUAUUUCACGGUUGUUUUAGAGCUUUUGUUUCCGAGAAUGGCUGAGGAAGCGCACAAGGUCACGUUGAAUGUCUACGACCUAAGCCGAGGCUUGGCACGCCAGCUCUCUGCUUCAUUUUUAGGGAAGGUUAUCGAAGGUGUCUGGCAUACGGGAGUGGUUGUGUAUGGAAGUGAAUACUUUUUCGGAGGAGGCAUCCAGCAUCUGCCUGCUGGAACCACCCCAUACGGAGCACCGCUGCGAACGGUAGAGCUGGGUGAAACACAUGUUCCUAAAGAUGUGUUCGAGAUGUACUUGGAGGAGAUCAGUCCACGUUACACUGCUGAAUCAUACAAUCUGCUGGCUCACAACUGUAACAACUUCAGCAACGAGGUCGCUCAGUUUCUGGUCGGUAAAGGGAUUCCAGAGUACAUUCUCGACCUUCCGAACGAGGUCAUGAACAGCCCCAUGGGUGGUCUUAUAAUGCCUAUGAUUCAAAACCUGGAGACGACUCUGAGAGCCGGCGCUGUUCCUAACGCUCCCCAGUUUAGGCCUCAGGCACAGCCUUUUGGUGCUUUUGGCAAGGAUGAAGGUCCAAAACUACCGAGCAAGCCCAAGGAGAAUAACUCGAAGUCUGAGGAUGCCAAAACCUCGGUUCCAGCUGAAAAAGUGGCACCUGCUGUUGCUCAAGCUUCUUCUAGUAAAGAGAAGGUGAAGGAGGAUCCAUUGGGUGAUGCUAGGACCAAGAUUCAGGAAGAGAUUACCCGUGAGUUUGCAGCUCUCAUGGCGCAAGGCACACUAAGAGCAAGUGAAGCAGCUGCCAUGGCCACCAAAAGAGUGAUGCAAAAGUAUGGACAUCUCAAUAUAUCUGCCUAGUCUAUAAUAAAACCAGAUUAAACCGUUUAUCUUGCUGUUGUAUUGAAACCGAGUCCAUGAUUUUGAACGAUUUUUAUUACUAUUUUUUCCAACUA